GCUGUGUGGCUGUGGUAGUUUUCGUUACUCCUGGAGGGAAGACUCCUAGGAUGUUUCUCUGAAAAAGGUCAUCGAAAGUGCGAAGUGACUAGAUGGGAACCAAAGCGAAAAACUAGGGAAUGGGAGGUAAAGUGGCCUUGUGAAUAGGGAUGCCUGCCCAAAUAUCAGCAUUGGAGAUCAUGGAUGAAGAUCAAAUAAUCGAAGAAGUGUUAGAUAAGUUUGUUAAUUGUCAUGAGCAGACAUAUGAAGAAUUUCUGAGCACUUUUACUCAUCUUUCAAAAGUGUCUGAACCGCUCUGCCCCAUUGUGUCCACUUCAUCCUGGAGAACAGCUGUGACUCCCACGGACCCGGAGGGUAAUGUAACCAAGAGAGGCGCAAUCGGAACUAACUCUUCAAAAAACAUACCUACUCCGACACAACAUUCUCAUGGAAAUGAACCGAACAGUCACUCCCGUGGAAGUAAAGCUGUCUCUCUUCACACUUCAUCACGGUGUUCGGAAGAGGAGCAGAUAGCGCUGGAUGACGGCCAGAGUGCUGGCAGCCCCUUUCAAGGUGAUCUGAAUUGGGCUGGAAAGGUGAAGGUAGAUAAUUUCCUAGCAGUAGAAGAUUUGGAUGUGGAUGAAGAGGUCGAGCCCCAGACGAGUAAGGAUUUGCUGCUGCCGCUGCCCGGAGAAGUGGAGCGGGACGUAAGCACCCGUGUUCCUUCGCAUGUUCCCUCCAGGCCCCGGCCCCUGACGCCUGGAGUCCCGCCGAGGCCCACGGUGGAAGGCCUGGACAAGCACAGGGGCGAGAUACUCGGGGAUGAAGUGCAGCCCUUCCAUCUUGAUGACGAAUUUGAUUACGACGCUGUGAUGCUCACCCCCAAGUUCACUCCUGCGGAGAUAGAUGCCCUCCGAGGCCUGUCCCAGCUGAAGCGGGAGAACCCCAACUCCGACUCGGAGGAACCCCGUGACUGAUUCGCCAAGACAUCUUCCUGUUUUUUUAUUUUGUUCUUGUUCAAGCAGCAAUAGAAUAAAAGAUAAACCUACUGUAUUCCCCUUUGUGGAAACUUAUGUGUGCACUGAUUAUCAGAGUUAUUUCUCUGUACGGAGCUGCUCCUAACAAGGCCACAGUGGUCUGUACCUUCACAGAGCUCCCCUCUGUCAUGUUGACGCCACAGCCCAUGGCCAGCAGGGGUUGAUGGCAGUGGCAAGUGGGGACAGGAAGCGGUACCUGCCGAAGGGUCUGUUUUGAUGAGAUCACUGCACCUAGGUAACGUGGGGUAUUGAAACAGAUUGGAAGCACCCCCUACCUUCUGGGGGGUGAAGGACAGUCUCACACGCAGAACGUGCUGUAGCACAUAGAGAAGAGUCGAUUUACGUGGGGAGGUCGCUGGCCCCAGCAGUCCAGACAUGUUGGUAGGAAUCUGAGUGCUGGGAGGCUGGCCCUCUAGGAUUGACUGGGAAAGGUUCACUGAAAAAGAAGUCGUCUGAGAACUGAUUAUAUGUCACACGUGAAACUCUUGUACUUUGUUACUACCAUUGUGACGAUAGAUAUGAAGCACAAGUGAUGAUCUCUGUCUGAAGAAGCUUAAAAUAUUAUUUGAAAAGGCAAGAUGGAGGAGAAACAGCUAGAGAAUGUAAGAACAGAUUAUGAAGUGCUAAUUGUUCAGAGGUCUCGUAAAGGCAUUAAGACAAGGAGGGUAGAUGGAGGAGGGGACGGGGAAUAGUGCGCACGCAGUGAUUUUCACUGAAGGAAUCAGUAACAAAUCAAAUAUACUUAGUCCUCACACGUUUUCACAUAGUCCUCUGCUUGUGUUUGUGUGUGUAUGUAUGUAU